UCGUUCAGGCUGCUCCGGUCUUGCAGGAGAGUCGGCGGUCUCUUGCGUUCGUGUGCCCAGUCGCUGGAGGGUCUUUGCUCGUUUCGUCGUGCCGGCUCCUACAUUCUCCCUGCCCGUCUUCCUCGACAUCUUGGAUAUCUCGUCGGAUUUAACCCGCCACCACCGCAAGCAUGAACACCGGGAUCAGCUCACCAGCUGCCAGGCUGGACGAUCCGCUGGACACUGGGGACACCAUAGCCAAACGGGUGCACUACAGCCCUCCGUGGGCUGACCUGAGCAUCAUCGGCGUGGCUGGCAGCUCCGGCUCCGGCAAGUCGACCCUGUCUCAUGCCAUUGUCAGCAAGUUGAAUCUGCCUUGGGUUGUCAUCCUGUCAAUGGACUCGUACUACAAGCCCUUGACCCCGGAACAGUCUAGGAUGGCCUUCUUGAACGAAUAUGACUUUGACUCUCCAGAGGCCAUCGACUUCGACGCCCUCGUAGAAACACUGCGGAACCUCAAAGCUGGAAAACGUGCCGAGGUCCCGCAGUAUUCGUUCGAGAAGCACGCCCGCCUGGAUUCUACCACAUCCAUCUACUCGCCUCACGUGCUGGUGCUCGAAGGUAUCUUUGCACUUUACGACCAGCGUGUGAUGGAUCUCAUGGAUAUGAAGCUAUACUGCGAGGCCGACAUGGACACCUGUCUGUCACGACGCAUAUUACGAGAUGUGAGGGAUCGUGGCAGAACUGUGGAGGGUUGUAUCAAACAGUGGUUUGGUUUCGUCAAGCCGAAUUAUGAGAAGUUUGUGCAACCACAACGGAACAAUGCUGACAUCAUCGUACCUCGUGGAAUCGAGAACGUUGUGGCCAUGACAAUGGUAACGCAAUACAUCGAGCGUAAACUGGUCGAAAAGUCAACACACCAUAGAGCGGCCUUGAAGACUCUUGAGACCGGCUAUGAUAGCGAGCCUCUGUCGAACAAGGUAGUCAUCUUGACCCCAACAACUCAGCUUCGGGGCAUGAACACCAUCAUCCAAGACAUCGACACCAGCAGCGAGGAUUUCAUCUUCUACUUUGACAGACUUAGUAGCCUGAUCAUUGAGCAAGCUCUGAACAAUGUCCUUUUUGAACAAAAGUCUGUAGAGACUGCUGCAGGCCACAAGUAUCAAGGACUUACUGCCCAAGGAGAGGUCAGCGCCGUCAUUGUUCUCCGCGGCGGCGCCACCUUUGAGAGUGGGCUCCGGCGGGUGAUCCCAGACUGCCGAACUGGGCGCCUGCUCAUCCAGUCCAACAUCCGUACUGGAGAGCCAGAGCUGCACUACCUCAAGCUGCCCAGUGAUAUCGAGAAGCACGACAGCGUGCUGCUCCUCGAUGCGCAGAUGUCCAGCGGCGGCUCGGCGCUCAUGGCCGUCCAGGUGCUUGUAGAUCACGGCGUGCGGCAGGAUCGCAUCGUGGUCGCCACGUACUCGGCUGGCAGAGUCGGGAUCCACCGGCUGACCCGGGUCUUCCCCGAGGUCACGGUCGUGGUUGGCAACCUGGUUGCGGACUUUGAAGAUAGGUGGAUCGAGAAGCGCUACUUUCGGUGCUGAGAGAAAGGUGCCUUCUAGCUGCUAGCAUUUGCGAAGGAUAAGAACCAUUUACCACGGCAUAGAAUUUACGUGUGGCCUCACUUUUGUUUUGUUUCAAUGACUUAGUUUCCGUCUUGCACAUGACUUUGAGCUUCCGCGAUUUCCGGU